GGGAGUGAACGUCAUCACGCCGCGCCAUGAGCAAUGUCAUUUACAGGACGAUUUCAGCGAAAGAGACAGCUCAUUUGGACAUUCAGCCUCAGGGAUCCAAACAGGCUGAAGCAUUUGUCAAUGCCUUUCUCAAGAACAGUUUGCCACGGUUGAGUGCUGAGCAGAUUCAGACACACUUACACAGAAAAGCUGUUAUUCUCGAACAUGUCUUAAAGAAACGUAAGAAACAGAAAAGGAGAAAAGCAAAAUGUUUGUCUGCCAAAGAGAGGCGGGAGUUGAGAAUAUUUGAACUUAAACCAGAAGAACAGAGAUAUGAAUUGUUUCUCCCUUUGCAUGAGUUAUGGAAACAAUACAUUCGUGACUUGUGCAAUGGCUUCAAACCUGACAUGCAGACACAGACGAUCCAGACCAAAUUAAUGAAGGCAGAUUUUCAUGGAGCCAUUGUGACAGUGGUGAAAUCCAAAUGUCCAUCCUAUGUAGGGGCCACAGGCAUUAUUUUGCAGGAAAUGAAGCAUAUAUUCAAGAUUAUUACUAAGGAAAAUAGACUUAAAGUUAUUCCCAAGCAAGAUAGUAUCUUCAGUGUGGAAAUCGAUGGCUUUGUUUCCUAUAUCUAUGGUAGCAAGUUUCAGCUGAGAUCAAGUGAACGUUCUGCCAAGAAAUUUAAAGGAAAAGGAAGCAUUGACCUUUAAAUCCAGGGCUGUGUAUUUGGUACAACUGCAGACAUUGACUCCUUAGGAUGGCUUCAUUGGAAGAGAUGUGGCCCUGUAUGUUUAACUGUAUCAAUAAAAACAUGAAUUUAUUA